GCGGAAGUGGGCCCUCGUCCCCGCCCCUCCUCCUCGUCCCCCAGCUGGCGCUGGGUCAGCGGGGUGCUGCGGCGGGCCCGCAGCCAUGGUGCAGUUAUACAACCUGCACCCAUUUGGCUCGCAGCAGGUGGUGCGGUGCCAGCAGGAGCCCGAGCGCGUGUGCUGUGGAGGGCAGGAUGCUCUCUUCGUGGCAGCGGGCUGCAAAGUGGAGGCAUUUUCAGUGGAGGCGCGGGCUCCCGAGCCGUGCCGGCCCCGCUGCUGCUUUUCUACUCUGGGCCGGGUGCUGCGCUUGAGCUAUAGUGAGCCCGGAGACUACUUAGUGACAAUUGAGGAGAAAAACAAAGCCAUUUUCCUUCGGGCCUACGUGAACUGGAGAAGCAGGACCUCUGAAAACUCUCGCGUGUGCAUUCGCAUGGUGGGUCACCGAGUGGAGGGCUGCUUCAGGGAAGCCUCCAAAGACCAGAUGUCCAUCAUUGAGAUUCCUCUGGCCGAGCCGCCGCUGUGCAUCUCCUGCUGUCCUGUGAAAGGAGAUCUUCUCGUUGGCUGCCUCAAUAAACUGGUCCUAUUUAGUUUAAAAUGGCAGGCUGUAAAUGAAGAGUUCUCCAUGUUGGACUUUGAACGCUCUUUAAUCAUACAUAUGGAGAACAUCCUCCCCGCGGAAAUUUCAUUUUGUGCUGGAUAUGUCGCGGUAACGACGGAUCUCGAAGUCUUAAUCCUACGACUGGAGUCUGAAGUGACUAUUGACCCCUCCUCACCGACGAAGAACACCCUGGCCAGACAGGCAGCCAAGGCUGGUGAAAAGGGUGAUGCUCAUUCUGUACCAGCCACCCAGCUUGAGUCGGAGGAUUUUGUUAUCUGUCAGAAGCCCACAGAGCUCCUGGGCGAGGUCUGCAGACAGUCUGGCCCCUCCGUUACCUUGGAGUCUACAGGGUUAAAUGAUGAAAAAGCAAGUGCUUCCUGCGUGCAGCCCAUCCUGUACAGGUGUUUCACUCCUGACGUGUCUUCCUAUGUCUUCCCUGAUGACACCAAAUUGCAUUCACUCCAGUUGCUGCCCAUUUUCCAAAUGGCAGGUUCUGUUACUGCCGAUGGGAAGAGUUCCUCUCAGGAAAAAGAGUUGCUAAGCCUUUUCUGUUUUUUUUCCUUACCUCAUAUUGGGUAUCUCUAUAUGGCUGCUAAAUCGGUGGAAUUAAUGUCAGUCUACCAAUAUCCAGAGAAGUCUCGGCAGGCGGUUCUUACCCCACAAUUCCUACAUGUCAUCACAAGUAACAACUUACAGUGUUUCACAGUCCGAUGCAGUGCAGCAGCUGCAAGGGAUGCAGACCCCUAUGUGGAUACCACCCUCAAGGCUUGUCCACCUGUUAGUUUGGAUAUCUGUGCCUUAAGAAUGCAGCUUUUCAUAGGACUGAAAGCAAUAUGUCACUUUAAAAAUCAUAUUAUCCUGUUGACUAAAGCAGGUUCUGAAGAUACCCCAGAUAGAAGAAAGUCAUCCAAAAGGCUGCUCUCCAUGCCAGUAGAGACCACUUUAUGUUUAUGCCCUCAAGCACCCAGCACACACUCCCUAAACUCCAGAAAAGAUGUCAGCGCUCAACUCAAGGCGUCUACUGCGGUGGAAGCUGGGUGGAAUUUAUAUAUCGUGGAUACAAUUUCAACGGUGCAACUCUACAAAGAAAUGGUAGACUACAGUAAGACCUACAAGAAUGUGAGAACUCAGAGCUGCAUCCAUCUCCUCAGUGAGGCCCACCUAUUAGUGAGAGCCGCUCUGAUGGAUCCCUGCCUCACUGAACCUGGAGAGAAAGAGGAACUCUUAGAAGCUUUCAGAGAAAGCUGUGGGCACCUUGGAGACUGUUAUAGCAGACUUGACACCCAAUAUUCUCAUCUGGCCCUGCCUUAUUAUAAGAUGUCUGGGUUAUCUAUGACUGAUGUUUUGACCAGAAUAGACUCAGUUUUAGAGGAUGGAUCACAGAACCCUGAGAGAGGUUUACUCUUCUACAUAAACCAUUCCCUUUAUGAGAAUGUGGAUGAAGAAUUAAGUGAAGAAUUAGCAACAAAAGUGAUCCAGAUAUUCAGUAUUGCAGAGCCCAAACAGCUGCCCCAUGCUCUCUGCAGCCCUUGCAUGAAGAAUAUGGAUCCUUUAAUUGCCAUGAAGCAUUUAAAAAAGCUAAAUCCAGCCGGAAUGUCCUCUGUCUUAGUGGCCUUGAGCAAGGCAGCAGUGGCUCUGAAAAUAGGAGAUCUGAACACGUACAAGAAAGAGAUGAAAUGCCAUACGGAGAUGAAGUUGGUGUGUGGCUUUAUUCUGGAACCCCGACUGUUGGUGCAACAGAAAAAGGGGCAGGUUGUGCCAACGGAGCUUGCUGCUCACCUCAAGGAGACUCAGCCUGAAUUGCUUGUGGCCUCCAUCUUGGGCUUGCAGAAAAACAACAAAAUUGAAGUGGAAGAAGCAGAUGCCUUCUUCAAGGUGCUUUGUGGCAAAGAUGAAGAUGUUAUUCCUCAGCUCUUGGUCGACUUCUGGGAAGCCCAGCUGGUAGCAUCCCUUCCCGAGAUUGUACUCCAGAAUCUUUUCUUCAAGCUUUUAUCUCAGUAUAUCUGGAGACUCUCCCAGAGGCAGUCCCCGGACACCAAACCAUUGAGAAACCCAGAAGACCUGAUAAACUCCUGUAGUCAUUACGGCUUAAUUUACCCCUGGGUUACCUUCUUAACAUCACCAGACUCUUUACAUGAUCAAAAUUAUGCAGAAGACCUUUCUAAAUUACAGUCUCUGAUAUGUGGUCCUUCAUUUGACGUAGCUUCCAUUUUGCCUUUCUUGGAACCAUUGUCGGAGGACACUAGUGCCGGCCUCAGUAUUCAUCUCCUCUGUCUCACACGCCUGAAGGAGCAUGAGCGGGCCAUAGACUCGCUGCUGGACAGAUGCCCUGAGGCUGUCAUCCCCUACGCUCAUCAUGAACUGAAGGAAGAAGGCCAUCGGGCUUUAUGGUGGAAAAAAUUGCUCCCUGACCUUUGCCAACGAUUAAGAGAAGGUGGGGAGAAGUAUGAUGUGCACCUCUCAUCUCUGAAAGAAACAUUAGCUGUUGUUGCUGCGGAGCUAGAAUUAAGAGAUUUCUUGAAUAUCUUACCGGAAGACGGAACAGCAGCAUUCUUCCUACCAUAUCUCCUUUAUAGCAGCAGAAAAAAAUCUAUAACUUGAAUACCACAGCAAGGUAUUAAAAAUGGGAAAAAAUGCCAUCCCAAUAUGGAGAACCCAACAGGAAAUCACACAAGCAAAUGAAUGGGUCUUGAGUAGAGAUACUGCAAAGAAAGGAUUGUAUGGACACUCUUUUUCAUACCAUGCCUAUGUAUGACAGGUACUUGCAGUUGUAGAGUGGAGACAUUGGUCUGAGUUUUUAGUGAUUUGAACCAGUUAAGUUUGUAGUAUAGAACAGCUUUAAAAAACAAGAAUGCUGUAAAGGAGCCAUAUUUAAAGUAAAGCCACAGGGUUGAUUUUGAUGUACAAAACUGUUGCUGUCUAUCACUCACAUAGCAGGAAGCAUGACAAUCUUUUUAGCCCCAGGAAUGCAUAAAGGAAACUUUUUUUUUAACAGCAAUAUUGAAAAUUCCAGGUUUUCCAGAACUUCAUUGUUUUCCAUCAUUUGCUGAGACAGAUUGCAGGAAAGGAAACUCCAUGUAGUCCUUAGAUUUCCGGACCAUUAUUUUUCUAAUUUUCUUACAAGUUGUGAAGAAGGUCACGUAAGGUUGCCAAACUUGUUUAUUUUUUAGAAAUGGAUGAUAUUGUUACUUUUUAGCUGAGUGUCAGUAAAAGAGUUUACAAAGCUUCCAGCCAUCUGAUCUGGCUGGUCAUACACGGUUUGUUGAAUUAUAUGUUUUCAGUGAAGGCUUUAUUUUUAGUUUCACUGAAAUAUUCUAUUACUUUGCCAGAUAGAUUUGAUGUAAAAUAAAUAAAUUAAUGCUGUAUUAACAGGCGA